AUGCCCCUAGUUCCUCACUCUCCUUCUCUACUUCCUCCUGCUCCAGGGCCUUGUUCCAGCCCGGACCUUCCCACCCUGCCACCCCUAGCUCCCCUUGCCACCAGCCAGUCGCCCACCAUUUCGGCUGGUCCACACGCCCUGACCCUCACCUUCUCGACCCUCCCUUCCACUUCUGCUGGUCCUGCUACACAUGCCCGAGCCUCCACCCCCUCAUCCGUCCCUUUCACUUCCACUGCUGCUGUCGUACUCGCCUGUGCCCCCACCUUCUUUUCCUUCACAUCCGUUCCCACUCCUGCUGGUAUGCACGCUUGUGUCCCCACCUUCUCUUCCUUCCCUUCCGCUAUCGUUACUGCUGGUGUUCACACCUGUGCCCCCACUUUCCCUUCCUUCCCUUCCGUUUCCGCUGCUGCUGGUGCACACGCCCGUGCCCCCACCUUCUCAUUCUUCCUUUCCGCUUCCGCCGCUGCUGGUACACACGCUCCUGCCCCCACCUGCUUGACCGUCUCCUCUGCUUCCGCUGCUGCUGGUACACACGCUCCUGCCCCCACCUGCUCGACCUUCUCCUCUGCUUCCGCUGCUGCUGGUACACACGCUCCUGCCCCCACCUGCUUGACCUUCUCCUCUGCUUCCGCUGCUGCUGGUACACACGCUCCUUCCCCCACCUGCUUGACCUUCUCCUCUGCUUCCGUUGCUGCUGGUACACACGCUCCUGCCCCCACCUGCUGGACCUUCUCCUCUGCUUCCGUUGCUGCUGGUACACACGCUCCUGCCCCCUCCUCCUUCUCUUCCCUUUCUGCUGCUGCCCAUGAACUCACCUUGUCGUCCUUCCUUUCCGUGCCUGCUGCUACUGGUUUACCCGCCCAUGCCCCUACCUUCUCGUCCUUCUCUUCCGUUGCUGCCGGUGAUCGCCAUCCACCUUCCCCGGUGCAUUCCUCCUCGCGCUCCCUCUCUCUUUCUGUGUACCCCGCCCACGCAGCUCCUGUUGAUUUUUCUCCUCUUCUUCAUCCCGCGGCUCGGGCGAUCCCCGAGCUCUCAUCGCCAUACGCCUCCUCCUCUCAUCUUCUCGCCGUGCUCUGUCGCGCGAUCAUUCUCCUUGCUCCCCCGGCGCCUCGCGCCAUUCCCGCGCACCUCCUCUGCUGCGCGAUCGGCAUCCGCGACGUUCCCCCGGCGCCUCGCGCCACUCCCGCGCACCUCCUCUGCUGCGCGAUCGGCAUCCGCGACGUUCCCCCGGCGCCUCGUGACACUCCCGCGCAUCUCCUCUGCUGCGCGAUCUGCAUCCGCGAAGUUCCCCUGGCGCCUCGCACUUCCCUUGCGUAUGUCGUCUGGCGAGCGAUCUGCCGCCGUGUUCCCGUGGUGUCUCACGCCGCCUUCUCCGCGCAUCCCUUCUGCUGCACGAUCCGUUUCCGCGUCGCGAUCACACACUUCUUCACGUCGAUUUCGCAAAUCUGCCUCAUCUGCCCAUAUGCCUUGCUCCCCGCCGCCCCGCGCAAUCGGGGAGUCUUCCCGCUCUUCCGCACCCUGGCGCUUAUCACUCCGCACAGCUGA